CUGCGUACACGAACCACCUCUGAAGUAGCUCUGAAGUGUCCAGCUCGGCGGCCAUGGCGCGCGCCUUCGUGCGCUCCAUCUCCUUCCCGCUGAGCCCGUCGAGGUCGUCGUCCUCCUCCAAGCCGCGCGCGCCGUCGGCGUCGCACCAUGAGCGGUCCGUCAGUCUGCCGUGCCGGUCGCACCCGAUCCUGGCGCACCUCCACACCCACAUCCGCGCCGUGCGCGCCUGGGCGCAGCAGGGACCAGCGGCGUUGGCCGCCUCCGUGGCCGUGGGGCUGGCGCACGUGGACGCGCUCCACUCCGCGCUCGGCGACCUGCUGGACCUGCCCGAGGCACAGGCCGCGCUCUCCGGCGCCGGCGGCAGCGUGGACCGCCUCCUCGACUCCUUCCUCCGCCUCGCCGACGCGCACGGCUGCUUCCAGGAGGCCGUGGUCGCGCUCAAGCAGGACGUCGCCGAGGCGCUGGCGGCCGUGCGCCGCCGCGACGGGGCGCGCCUUGCCUCCGCUGUGCGGGCCCAGCGCAGGGCCGGCCAAGAGCUCACUCGCCUCGCCGCCACGGCAAGGGAGUCCGCCGUCCGGCCCUCGCGCCUGAGCAUCCUCGGCGGCGGCCAAGGCAGCGCGGCGGAGGUGGAGGUGACGGGGCUGCUGAUGGAGUCGGCCGCGGCGACGGCGUCGGCGUCCGCCGCGCUGUUCGGGGCCGUGGCGGCCAUGUCCGGGUCCGUGGAGGCGGAGUCGUGCUCGUGCAAGGGCACGGCGGCGCUUGUGUGCCUGGUGAAGAAGAACAAGAAGAAGUCGUCGGCGCCGGGGUGUGGGGAGGAGGGGGUGGCGGUGGCCGCCGUGGCGGAGAGGCUGGAGGAGCUGGAGGAGUGCAUCGAGGAGCUGGAGACCGGCAGUGAGAAGGUGUUCCGGAGCCUCGUGCAGACCAGGGUCGCGCUCCUCAACAUCCACACGCUCCACAUCUUCUAGCUUUACUACUAUCAUCCAUCUUAAUUGUACUAAUGAAAUUAGUGCUAGCAAUCCAGUGUAACUGUAAAUAAGUUAAGUAGAUGAUGAAUAGAAGAAGGAAUUUGGGCAA